AUGGCAGAAAAUCGAACACUGAGAGAGCUAACAGCUCCUAACUUGAACCAACAGCCGUUGUGCAUCGCAUAUCAGCAGUUGGAGGAAGGUGCUAAUGUUGAGAUCAAAUCUGGUCUAAUUCAUCUAUUGCCGGCAUUCCAUGGCAUGAAGGCAAGUGGUGGAGGGCUAGUGAAUAAGACUCCAGGAGAUGCAACUAGGCUGAUUGCAGAGCUAGCAGAGAAUUCUAGGCAGUUCAGUCAGAGAACUCCCACGCGCCGGGUGAAUGCAGCAAAUUCAAAUACAACUGAGUUAGAGAGUCAAGGGAACCAACAACAACAGCAAAAUGCUCAAGGCCAGCAGCAAUAUCAGCAAUAUAGGGCACCAUUGGCCAAACCUCAAGGCCAAAGCUCAAAUUCGAAUGAUAUGUCAACUGAUGAAAUGAUUAGAUCACUAACUUCUAAUAAUUUGGAAAGUCAAGUGAGUCAAAUUUCAAGUGCAGUGAGCAGACUUGAAGCUAAGGAUUCGGGAAAACUUCCAUCUCAAACGGAGUUGAAUCCUAAGCAACAAGCCAACGCUAUUACAUUGAGAAAUGGCAAGGAGCUGAAAGAGACUGAAAUUGCAACUAAGAGGGCUGAAGAGUUGAUUGGAGCUGAGGAGAAGGAAGUGGAACAUGAAGCUGUAGCAAAUCCUCCCACUUUUCCAUCUUAUGAACCCACACCACCUUUUCCCGAAGCUUUGAAAGAAACAAAGAGUGUUCCUCGAUUUGCUAAAUUUUUGAAAGAACUGUGUACUAUAAAGAGGAAGCACAGGUUAGGAGGGAAGGAAAAAGUGAAAGUGAGUGCUCAUGUUUCUGCAGUUUUCCAAAAGAAACUUCCUGAAAAAUGUAGUGAUCCUGGUAUGUUUACUGUUCCAGUUACAAUAGGGGACACCACUUUUCAUAGAGCUAUGUUGGAUUUGGGUGCAUCAAUUAAUGUUAUUCCAUAUUCCCUGUUUAAAUCUUUAAAACUUGGACCUUUACAUGGAACUGGGGUAGUGAUUCAGUUAGCGGAUAGGUCUAAUGUGUAUCCUAAGGGGGUGGUGGAAGAUGUGUUGGUUAAGGUUGAUGGUUUGAUUUUUCCUGCUGACUUUUAUGUGCUUGACAUGGAACAUGACAAACAAGCAGUCCCCAUCUUGUUAGGAAGACCUUUCUUGAAGACUGCUAAAACAAAAUCGAUGUGUCUACCGGUUCCUUGA